GUGGCAACGACUACAGCUCCCUGCUGACGUGGGCCUACACCGCAGGCCUGGUGCUCAGCGCCUUGUGCGGCGUCAUGGCGGCGGGGUUGUGGUACGCUCGCGAAGUGGCCGUGUUUCGGUUCCUGCAGCCCCCGGAGGUGGCGGAACAGGUGGCGCUGUUUUGCCGCUGGCUCAUACCGGGGCUGUGGCCUAUGGGCGCGCCCAUUGCGACUAGCGUGUCGCGCUUCGUCCAGCUGUUCGUAUAUCUGGGGGUUGUGUUGGCCUUGCAGCACAAAAAUCAUCCAGGUGGUUGGGGCAGGUGGUUAGCCCGCAGUCGGCGCUGCUGGUCCAAGGCCUUAUCGCCUGGUGUGCUGUACAUGUUCAUGCAGCUGGGGAUACCAGCCCACGUCUUCAGCUGCCAGAGCUUCAUGCAUACAGCUGAACGAUCAUUGGAACGGGCUUUUAUGCUUGAGGCUUGGGCUUGGUUUGUGCGCAGCAAUGAGUGUUGGCAGCAGCCCCCACGUGCUUCCCCACCCUCACACGCUCCCCACGCAACCAUUAGGAUCCGUUACUCCAGUAUAUGUGUCCCGCAUGCGCUCAUCAUUACACCUCCAUUGGAAGGUGUUCAAUUUAAUCCGCCAUCAGAAGCGAAUGCAGAGGGACGCGAGAUACUCAAGCUCGCCAGCCAGGAAGACAGAAUACGGCAGUGGGAGUCGUACAAAGCAAAAUUUGGGAUCGAGUCGAAGCCAGAGGUCGCCUACAAGUGCAUCCUGGCGCUACCCGACCUGCUGCCAUAG